AUGCUUACUAUCCCCGUCGUCUACUCAUCUACAAUUGUCUUUUGGGGAUUCAUGACAAUGGAUGAUGAAGUCGUCAUGUUCUGUAAUCCGCCACUCGGUCUCUAUCCUACAGUGUCUCGGUUCUGGACGUUCUCCAACGUCAUCAUAAAUACAAUUACCUUAGUAUUGUUCAUCACCCUAAUCUUGGUAUUUUAUUAUAAAGGAAAAAAGCAGAAGAGUGAUACAAGGAAAAUCAUGAAAAGACUCAAAGUGUCUAUUCUAUUUUUCAUCUUUACCUGGUAUAUCGGAUUGUUGGCUGCGGAUCUGUUUGUUGCUCUUGGAUUCACGGGACCCACUCUGAUUUUCAUGAUGAGUAAUUUGGUAUUCUUCGUCCUUAUCUCGUAUUCCCAAUUCUUCUACGUCGUAAUCUGGAGAUCUCCAGAAUACCGAAAUGCGUUUUUGGAGGCCUGGAGUUGUAUUCCUUGUUGUAAAAUUCUCAAAGAGAGACACUCAAAGUCCACGAAAAUAUCUGCAACGGCACAUUCCCAUCAACAAAAUUCAAUGAUGUCAUCGGCGUGA